UGAAGCAGAAGAGAAAUGGAGCAUAACGGCAUAUCAUCAUCGUUGGUGGUUCUACGCAGAAUCCUGUUGUGUGCCAUCAUCGUCCUCAUCGUUACUUGUAGUUUUCUCCAAUCAUCCUAUGCAGUACGUCCAUGCUACUCCAAACAAAUGUCGACGACGACGGUGACCGUUUGUAAUGACGAUUAUGGUGAGGAUUGCCGCACUGAAUACUACUACACAAGCUGUAAUCAUAGAUCAGAUCCAUCUCCUCGUGCGGGUGCUCCGCCUACUCCUUUUUGGCGAGGCAAUAAUGUUCCAAUAUUUCGACUUCCGCCACCAAUAUUUCUUCGCGGUCCAAUGUUUCCCCAUGCUCCAGAAUUUCCAGGCGGUAAUUAAUUCAUAAAGGAAGCUACGAACGAAGCAACUCCUUUAGCUCUUACCCCACUCCUAGGAGGACGAGAAGAAGAAGAAAAAUCAGGUGUUACUAUCAUGUGAUUGUGAUAAGUAUGAUCUAGAUGCCUCUUCUAUCUAUGGCUAUCACAUUAAUUAUUUAAUUUAACAAAUGAAUAAUCCCAUAUGUUAGUUUGAGUUUGAA